CCGCUUCCGCAGCAUCAUGGCGGCGGCCGAGGACGAGCAGGCGGCGGGCGGCGGCGACGGGGAGCGGCUGGAUUUUCUGCGGGACCGGCACGUGCGCUUCUUCCAGCGCUGCCUGCAGGUGCUGCCCGAGCGCUACUCGUCGCUCGAGACCAGCAGGUUGACAAUUGCCUUUUUCGCUCUCUCUGGGCUGGAUAUGCUGGAUUCCUUAGAGGUGGUGAACAAAGAUGAUAUAAUCGAGUGGAUUUACUCCCUCCAGGUCCUUCCCACAGAAGACAGAUCAAAUCUAAAUCGCUGUGGUUUCCGAGGUUCUUCCUACCUGGGUAUCCCAUUCAAUCCAUCAAAGAAUCCCGGGACGGCGCAUCCGUACGACAGUGGCCACAUCGCCAUGACCUACACGGGCCUGUCGUGCCUGGUCAUCCUCGGAGACGACCUGAGCCGUGUGAACAGAGAGGCCUGCCUGACGGGCCUCCGGGCGCUGCAGCUGGAAGACGGCAGUUUUUGUGCAGUCCCUGAAGGCAGUGAAAAUGACAUGCGAUUCGUGUACUGUGCCUCCUGUAUUUGCUACAUGCUCAACAACUGGUCUGGCAUGGAUAUGAAGAAAGCCAUCAGCUAUAUCAGAAGGAGUAUGUCCUAUGACAAUGGGCUGGCCCAGGGAGCUGGACUUGAAUCUCAUGGAGGAUCAACUUUUUGUGGCAUUGCUUCCCUGUGUCUGAUGGGCAAGCUGGAAGAAGUUUUUUCAGAAAAGGAGUUGAACAGGAUAAAGCGGUGGUGUAUCAUGCGGCAGCAGAACGGCUACCACGGGCGCCCCAACAAGCCCGUGGACACCUGCUACUCUUUUUGGGUGGGAGCGACUCUGAAGCUUCUGAAAAUUUUCCAGUACACUAACUUUGAAAAAAAUAGAAAUUACAUCUUAUCAACUCAAGAUCGUCUUGUUGGGGGAUUUGCCAAAUGGCCUGAUAGUCAUCCAGACGCUUUGCAUGCAUACUUCGGGAUCUGUGGCCUGUCACUAAUGGAGGAGAGCGGAAUUUGUAAAGUUCAUCCUGCCCUGAACGUAAGCACACGAACUUCUGAACGCCUUCGAGAUCUCCAUCAGAGCUGGGAAACCAAGGACUCCAAGCCGAGCUCAGAGAAUGUUCACGUCUCCACAUGACUGACCUGUGACGGGGAGAGUGGGGAGAUCGGUAGCAUAAUUGUAGCUCCAGGUUAAAAGCCAUUUAUAACCAAGUGUGCUCUUUUUUUUUUAAGAGGUAGUCUUACAGUCCAAAUUUGUGCUUGUGUCACUUUGGGAUAUGGUCCUGAGCCAGUCGCCUUUGUACUGGGUUUCAAGAAUGUCUUUGCUGAAAUCAGAACCGCGGUGCACUCAGUCGUGGUUCUUAGAAGUUUAUACUAUAUUUCUAAGAAGUUCUUUGGAGCAAAUUAACUGUAUGUGAGUUACCUUUUUUAAAAAAAAAAAAAGAAGAAGAAGCAACUUCAGUACAAAUUCUAUAUUAUAAAAUGGACUCAACUCUUCAAAAGAAGUUUACAGUUCAUAAUAGCAGUGAUAAUCUUUGGGGGAAACAUUUAGUGAUUGUUGAAAACUUGUCUGCUGAUGGUAGAAAAUUGCUUUAAUGAAUUAAGUAUCUGGGAUUGUUCUUUGGAAACAGGCGAUCCCAUAAUUUUUUAAGGAAGAGUGACUUAUUUUCUCUUUUAAGUAAAGUGUGCCAAUUAAACUUGUAUAUCCUAUAUAAAUGAGAUUAACUUCAUAGAAUGAAUAGAUGACUAAUACAAUAAUUUUUCUAAAGGGAGAUUGUUUUGAGAAGAUUAUUAUAUGACUGAGGAACAAAUAAUUUAACUGUAUGUGGGAUUGUGAAGAAUGGGAAAACUUUGUGCUCUGUGGAUCAUUCAUUUAGACAGUGCUGGGACAAAUCAGAGCACCGUUUGAUUUGAUUUUGAGUUACCAGUUCCUUUUUUCCCUUUCUGGGGAAAGAAGCCUUGUCUAGACGGAAGGCAUUUGAGUUUUUAUUUCUCUGAGAUACAUGAUGUUGUAAAUUAUACUUAGGUAGCUGAGAGGUUUCGGUUUUGGGGU